GAGAGCCCAUGCUCCUUCCGAGGGUGUCAUUCCCACCCUUGCAUUGUGCGCUCUGUCCUGAGAAACGAUUUACCAAGCGCUGCGACGACGCACCUGACUGCCUCAUUGGACGGACAUAUGCGCCCCAGCAGCAGGGAAGGAAUCAGUGUUCCCGAGUCACAACAAUAGACCAGAGCAGCCUCAUUUCAUCUACAAUAGCAGCAGCGAAAUCAUUACAGAAUGGCUGUGGAGCUGUAUGACUCACAGUACCUGCUGAUCCUGGCACCGUCUCUGGUGGUUGCUCUGAUUUUCCUGUUCUUUUGGCUCUUCAUGAAAGAGACAUCAUAUGACGAGGUCCUGGCACGCCACAAAACUCAGUUCAAGUACCCGAGUGUGCGUCCUGAGGUUCGCAAGAAAAAUGACAGGAAGAAGAGUAAGAAGAAGGAAGGAGGUGGAGGAGGUGGUGGAGGAGGUGGUGGGGAGUCAGAAGAGGAGAUGCGAGAUGCCGACACACCUGAGGCUAGCGCCAGUGCCGUGUCCGAGGAGGAGGAGGAUGUGGUUGCUAGUGUAACGCCAGUAGUGACCGCAACUGCACCUGUUCAGGCAGAGCCAGCUGCUGGGCUAAGGAAGAGGAGGGAGAGAAAGCAGAAAACCGCUCCAAGCGCGGUAGCUCCAGCAUCCGAGGAGCUAGACGUCAACAGCUCUAAGCCUUUACCCAUAAGCAAGGCAGACCCACCACCACCAGUUGUCAAGCAAUUAACUCCUCCUCCACAGCAAAACCGCCCUCCAACCAAAUCUGAGACUGGAAGUAAGAAGAAGGCAAAGAAACUGAAGACAGAGACAGCAGAAGAGCCUGCAGGUGAAAUUAAAUCACAUCUACCACCACCUGUUGCCAAAGAAUUGACUGCAGUUUUGGCUGAAGUGAAAUCCCAGGAGCCUGUUCCUUCCCCAGGGAAUAACAGCACCCCACCACCAGUUGCUGCUACAGCAGGAGGAGGUAGCAGUGGGAAGAGGAAGAGCUCAAAAAAGCAAAAGACUGAAUCAGUAGUAGCGGUGGACAAUGCCCCUCUUCAGGCAGCGGUUCCUCCUGGUGAUUCAGUGGUUCCUGACAACCACCAGAGCAGUUACAAUGAGAAUGCCCCCUCUCCUACAUCGGGCCCUGUUCGCACAUCUACUAAACAAAGCAAGAAGCAAAAGAACGAGACCGACAGGGAGAACUCUGAGAUGAAACUGAAGGAGCUGCUCACUGGACUGAGUGGCUUGGUGAUGUCCGACGCAGAGGUGCUUAGUGUAGUCUCCAUGCUACACGAGAGGAGCCCUGGAGCUAUGGAGUCUUGGUAUAAGACUGCUACUAAGAAUGAUCCCUCAGUGCAGCAGCAACAAGAACGAGAACGGCUGUUGAACACAUUCCAGGAGGAAGCCUGCAUUGCCAAAGAUAAAGUCAAGCAGCUCUCACAGGAGUUGCAGUUGGAGAAACAAAAGAACGGCCGUGUAGAAGCUAUGAUAAGGGAGCAACGGGCUGCCAUGGAGAAAGAACUAAAUGUCAUUCAGGCAAAAUCACAGAACAGCUAUCAAGAGCUAAACAACUACCAAAUCAAGCACUCCCAGAUGAGGGAGCAGCUAGAGACCCAGAUCGCCAGGCUAACACAGGAGAAUGGGAUCUUGAGAGAUGCGGUCAGCUCUGCCACCAACCAGAUGGAGUCCAAGCAAUCUGCUGAACUUAACAAGCUGCGCUCCGAGUGUUCAGGCCUGGUGAAGGAGCUAACGGAGAACAGUACCAAGCUGCAGCAAGAGGAGCUUCAAAGGAAGAAUCUGGAGGUCAACUAUAAGCAGAAUGUCUCUCAGCUUGAGGUUCAGUUACAAGAUGCUAAGCGUCGCUGGGAGGAGCUUCAGAACUACCUUCACAGUGUCAACACAGAAAGAGAGAAGCUGCAGGCCACUAAACAAGAGCUGCAAAACCAGCUGAUGACAUUGGAGACCGAUCUGAAUAACAAGAACAAGGAGAUCCAGAACCUCCACAGCAGCCUCACUGACACCAUUGUUUCUAAAGAGCAGGUUGAGCAGAAGGUCAUGCAGCUGCUGGAGGUUUCUCAGCACAGCCUUCCUGAUGAGUCACUGCAGCAACAAGUACAGGAUCUUUUGAAUGACAACAAAUCCCUACAGCUCCAAAUUGAAAGUCUCAAGUCUACCAUUAACACUCAGGCCACCACAAUGUCUCAUUUCGAAGAACUCCAGAAGCUAUUGGCUGAGAAGGAGCAACAAAGGAAGAGUCUUGAGGAUUCUCUCAAUGCAGAAAGAACUAGUGGAGCCAGCAGAGAAACUAACAUGCAGGCUAUUCACAAUGAGAACAUGAGCCUGAAGGCAGAGCUUCAGCAACUGCAGUUACAGAUUUCUGAGCAGGCCUCCUCUCAGAUGGCAGUGGAGCAACUCCAGAUGAGUCUCCAAGAAAAAGAAAACAAGAUCAAAACAGUGGAGUCUGUCUUGGAGGCAGGCCUCAUUGAGAUGGCCAACAAGGAGGAGGCACUGAAGGUGGUGAGGGAAGAGAAUGAAACACUCAAAGACAGAGUAGAGGCUCUGCAGCAGCAGACUACAAUACAGGCAUCAUCAGAAUCCGCUCUGGAUGAACUCCAGAGACAGCUCCAGGAGAAGGACAUGCAGAUCAAAUCAGUAGAGGAGUGUCUACAGAAAGCUAUGGACAGUGGAGCAAGCAAAGAAGAAGCCAUAGAGGUUUUGGAGAAACAGCUGGAGACCCUAAGGGUUGAAGUAGAUCAGCUCAAAGAGAGAGAAUUACAAGAGAAAGUCCCUGACCUUCAACCCCAGAUUCUGGAUCUUCAGACACAGCUGUCUGCCAAAGAUUUGGAGCUGCAGGCCCUUCAGAAGGACAUGGAAGAGAAAGCAAAGCAUGCCGAUGAAAUGCAGCAGCAGCAGAGUCAAGCUAAGGCAAGUCAGGAGCUGCUCAUAGCGUUGACGGAGAAGAACCAACAGAUGUCUGACCUACAGGCCGAGAUUGUAGAGCUGAGGGAGAUGGUGGAACUCCACAAGAAGAAGAAUAACGAGCUUCGUCAGAAAAACUGGAGCGCCAUGGAGGCGCUGUCAGCCACAGAAGCCAUGCUGCAGGGAAAACUCAGCCGGAGCACUCAGGAGCAUCAGACCGCAGUGGAGUCUUUAGAAGCUGAAUGUAGGGCAACACUACACAGGCUCCUUCCUCAAGUUCCCCUCCCUUCUGAACAGAACCAUCAACAGUGGCUGCAGAACUUUGAAAGGGCAAUGGCAGAAGUUGAGGCCUCUGCACCCAAGAACCCAGAUCCUUUAGCUACAGGGGAUGCCCAGCAUGCCAUGUUGGAAAAGCUUAGAGAAGCAGAAGAGGCCCAUAAGGUGUUGCAGAAAGACUGUGAUACUUACAAAAAAGUGUUGGCAGAGACGGAGGGCAUCCUCCAGAGACUACAGAAUAGUGUGGAGCAGGAAGAGUCUCGCUGGAGGAUGAACCUGGAAAUGACACAAACAGAGCUGAAAGAGUUGAGGAAAGAGAAGGAGCAUUUGGGGGAAGAACUUGAGCAAGCUGGACGCGAGAGUUCCACCUAUCUAUCGGAAAUCCAAGAGUUGAAGACUCAACUUACCGAAGCCAUUCGCAAGCUGGAGGCAGAAGAAAGCGAACGACAAGAAGUCACUGGGGAUCUCUCUAAGGCACAACAAUCCCUGGAGCACAUCCAGGACAUCAUAAAGGAGGCUGGGCAAGAUAAUGUGUUGGAAAAUAGCAGCCUGACCACACCAAUGGAGGACAUGGACUGCAAAGAGAAGAUGUUGGCCGGCAUGAAGCAAACGGUUAAGGAGCUCCAGCUUCACCUGCAGUCGGUUAAGAAACAGCUCACUAAGGCCCAAUUAGGGGUAGCAGGGGACAAAGACUCAACUGGGGUGUAAUUUAGAGAAGGAAAGCGGAGUUGUAGACUAGCCCUGUGCAACAUCUACUCCUGUCAUUGAAACUUGGAUAAGACCUACUCCCUUUCUUCAUGGUCUCUUCCUUUGCUGUCACUCUCAUGUUUGGUUUGUUUAUAGUGCAGCCAGACGCCCUUCAACACAUGUAAAAGCAUUUGGAUGUUAGCGGUCCCUUUUUCCUUUGAAGAGAAGCCAUGGCCUGGGCUUAUGGCUUCAUAAACAUGGGUCUAUGGACUGGCUCAGAAAAGAUGUACUCACACUGGAUUACAAACUACACACUCCAGUUUUCUUUCUUUUCUCAUGCACUUUCUUUCCUUGGGUCAUGUGGUUGCAGAACAGAUACCCUCAUUCUAUUUAACACACACACAUACAUGCACACAGACAUCUUUCAGCUGCUAGCUGAAGCAGAGGGCACUGAUCACAUUAUAUGAAUUAACAGAUCUAUCCUAUCCCUUUGAGUUCCUACUCAUCCAGUUAUGUUACUUGUCCACAGUAGACCUUGAAAAAGCAGGCAUCCAGGUGAUACAAUCUACCUUAACCUGCAGUUGUGGCUGUAUUUAUUUACUUCCACAAAACUUAGCCACAUUAGGAAUCCACCCCUAAAUAAUUGACUGGUAGGAUUUUUUAGUUGUUGAUUAUAGAGCCAAGGAGAUUACCAGAAUGUUUUUUUAAAGCGUCUAUUUUAGUUGAAACUAUUUUAAAACAGUAAUAUAAAGUGUCACAUUCACCAGGUUUGAGAGGACUCCUGAGUCCUUUUAGGAAUGGUGUAUCAUCCAUUGUCCUUCAGAUGUCAUUCAGUAAUCCUAAUGUGGGGAAAUACAUUUUCAAUUGCGUAUGGUUGUUUUUGUUGGUGAUUUAUUGCAGCUUAAAUAAUUGGGGUGUCAGAUAGAGAAAGGUAUAGAUUUCUCUGUGUAAAUUGACUUGAUCUAACAAAAUGAGAGAGAGCGAGAGAGUUGUCUGUCUGUAACGCAACACUUGCUUCACUGUUACUAAUUUCAUUAACACUCAAGGUUUUUUUUUUUUUUUUUGUAAAACAGGUGACCGUUAUUAAAAGGGAUGCUUGAUAAUAUAUAUAAUUAUA